AUGUCUAAAGGAAAGGUUUGUUUGGCUUACUCUGGUGGUUUGGAUACCUCCGUCAUUUUGGCUUGGUUGCUGGAUGAAGGCUACGAAGUUGUGGCUUUCAUGGCUAACUUGGGUCAAGAAGAAGAUUUUGAUGCCGCUAGAGAAAAGGCUUUGAAGAUCGGUGCUUGUAAGUUUGUUAGUGUGGACUGUCGUGAAGAAUUCGUCAAGGACAUUUUGUUCCCUGCUGUGCAGGUCAAUGCUGUGUACGAAGACGUUUAUUUAUUGGGUACUUCUUUGGCUAGACCGGUUAUUGCCAAGGCCCAAAUCGAUGUUGCUAAGCAAGAAGGUUGUUUCGCCGUUUCUCACGGAUGUACUGGUAAAGGUAAUGACCAGAUCAGAUUCGAACUAUCUUUCUACGCUUUGAAGCCAGAUGUCGUGUGUAUUACUCCAUGGAGAUUGCCAGAAUUUUUCGAAAGAUUUGCCGGUAGAAAGGACUUGUUGGACUACGCUGCCCAAAAGGGUAUCCCAGUCACCCAAACAAAGUCCAAGCCAUGGUCCACUGACGAAAACGAAGCUCAUAUCUCUUACGAAGCCGGUAUCUUGGAAGACCCAGAUACCACCCCACCAAAGGACAUGUGGAAGUUGACCGUGGACCCAAUGGAUGCUCCAGACCAACCACAAGAUUUGACUAUCGACUUCGAGCGUGGUCUACCAGUUAAGUUGACCUACACAGACAACAAAACCUCCAAGGAAACCUCUGUGACCAAGCCUUUGGACGUCUUCUUGGCAGCAUCCAAUUUGGCCAGAGCCAACGGUGUCGGUAGAAUCGAUAUCGUCGAAGAUCGUUACAUCAACUUGAAAUCCAGAGGUUGUUACGAACAGGCCCCAUUGACCGUUUUGAGAAGAGCCCACGUUGAUUUGGAAGGUUUGACCUUGGACAGAGAAGUUCGUCAAUUGAGAGACUCCUUCGUUACACCAAACUACUCUAGGUUGAUAUACAACGGUUCCUACUUCACCCCAGAAUGUGAAUACAUCAGAUCCAUGAUCCAACCUUCCCAAAAUAGUGUCAACGGUACCGUUAGAGUCAGACUAUAUAAGGGUAGCGUCAGCAUCUUGGGUAGAUCUACCAAGACUGAAAAGUUGUACGACCCAACUGAAUCAUCUAUGGAUGAAUUGACCGGGUUCUUGCCUACUGACACCACUGGUUUCAUCGCCAUUCAAGCCAUCAGAAUUAAGAAGUACGGUGAGGCCAAAAAAUCUAGAAGUGAAGAAUUGACUUUGUAA